AACACCCUCCUGCAAAGCUUCAUCGGGAAUGGCUCGAGGCCACACCGGCGAAGCCCGGUAUGGAUAAACUACCUCCUCCGUUUCUACUACAUGGAUAUGUUCAAGUCUACCAUCUACAUGGCGUUGCAUCAUGCCGGCGACGAGGUUUACAUGUCGUUCGGCAUGCCAACCGGCUCCGCCGUGUUGGUUAGGAUGAAUAUUGACUACUCAGGUAAGGUAACUGUCCUAAGCUGGGAAAGCAACAUGUCGGUAUGGAGAGCCCUGUACGCAGAGCCUGAACAUGAGUGCAAUACGUAUAGCUACUGUGGUCCUUAUGGUUACUGCGACAACACAGAAAUCAUCCCAGUGUGCAAGUGCUUGGAUGGUUUCGAGCCGAGGGACGAUAAAGGAUGGAUCGUCGGACGUUUCUUGCAGGGAUGCCGCCGGAAGGAGGUGCGAAGGUGUACCCCUGGAGACGGGUUCUUGACCUUUUCGGGCAUGAAGGUCCCUGACAAGUUCCUCCAUGUCCCGAACAAAAGCUUUGAUGAGUGCACUGAGGAAUGCAAAAGCAAUUGCUCAUGUGUGGCAUAUGCUUACUCCAGUAUGAGCAACAUGGAUAUCGACGGAGAUGACACAAGGUGCCUGGUAUGGAUGGGGGAUUUGAUCGACAUGGAGAACAACACACAAGGAGGGGAGAACCUCUAUGUUCGGACUUACGUAUUACAAGGUAACCUGAGAAAGGUCAAAACUAUAAAAAUGGUAUUACCAUUUGUGUCAAGUUUCUUGAUCUUCAUAUGUGUGGUGUUUAUUUGGGCCUACGUCAAUAGAGAUGACACAAGGAAGUCACUACUCAACUGGCCCACAAGAUUUAAGAUAAUCACAGGUGUAGCCAGAGGCCUUCUUUAUCUCCACCAAGACUCUAGAUUGACAAUGAUUCAUAGAGAUCUCAAGGCAAGCAACAUAUUGUUGGAUGCUGAGAUGGACCCCAAAAUAUCUGAUUUUGGUACAGCUAGGAUAUUUAGUGUCAAUGAAAAGCAAGGACACACCAAUCGAGUCGUUGGAACAUUUGGAUACAUGUCGCCCGAAUAUGCAAUGGAAGGAAUCAUCUCCGUCAAGUCUGAUGUGUACAGCUUUGGUGUAUUACUCCUGGAAAUAGUGAGUGGCUUGAAGAUCUGCACUACAAGCCCAAGCACGCACUCUCAUAACCUUAUAGAUCAUGCGUGCAGCUUACAGAGGGAUGGGAUGUUGUUGAAUCUUGUCGACCCGUCUAUCAUCGAGGGUUGCUCUCCUGAUGAAGCUGAUGAAGCUCUACGGUGCAUCCAUAUUGGACUGUUGUCGGUGCAGAACAACCCAAAUGCUCGCCCCCUCAUGUCUUGGGUGGUAGAAAUCCUGGAUAACAAAGCCAUAAAGCUCCCGCAGUUGAAAGAGCCCAUAUACUUUGGAUACCAGAUCUAUGGAAGUGACGGACUAGGAUAAAGCCCCGUAAAAAACACGAGCCUCGAAAUUCGCAAGGGGAGAUAGAAACAGUGUUCUAUGGAUUCCGAGGAUCAUGUCAUUUACAUGUAUUUCCAAUGGUCGACUCACUGGUACCAUAGUUCCAACGUGCAAAGCAUAUAGAGAGGCUUUUUUGGCUCCAAGACUUGGUAACUCUUCUAGAUGUAUCAA